AUGGGUCACAUGUCCUUUGCUUAUUUAGACGACGGAUUGGCUAGCCAACCAGACUUCAUUUCUGCCUUGGCUGCAAGUACCAUCCAAAGAAAGGAUCUUGAGCUAUCUGGACUUGUGGUUAAUCAUGAGAAAUCUAACUGGAAUCCUAGGCAAGUAGGAGAGUGGCUCGGCUUCAUAAUCAACACCAUUGCCAUGCAAUUUAAAGUACCUGAAAAGAAACCUCCGUGUUCAACCUCACCCAUUGUUAUCUUCACCGAUGCCAGCGACUUUGCAUUUGGCGGGUAUUCUAGCAAUGUUUCGGGGUCCGCUGUAAGAGGCACGUGGUUGCACGAAGAAGCUUCAAGGAGUUCUACAUUUCGUGAGAUGAAAGCCAUCCUGUAUGUCCUAAUGUCAUAUGAAGAGAAGCUUAAAUCUUCCAGAGUAGUCAUCAAGACCGACAGUCAGUGCGCAGCCCGCGUGAUUACAGUUGGGAGUACUAAGCCCCACCUUCAGAGCUUAGCUAUGGACAUUUUUCAACUAUGUUGUAGCAAAGGUAUUGCUCUCGAAACCCAGUGGAUUCCUCGUUCUCUUAAUGAAAAAGCAGAUGUGCUAAGCCGCUUUAUUGAUCCCGACGAUUGGUCUGUUCAUCCAUCUGUGUUCCGCAUGCUUGAUGCUAGAUUCGGUCCGCACACAGUUGAUCGUUUCUCAUCCCACUACAAUUCCCAGCUUCCUUGCUUUAACUCCAAAUAUGCAUCACCAGGCAGCAGUGGUGUGGAUCCCACUCAAAGUGUGUUUUUGUUUCAGUAUUUUUCAGAUAUAUUCAGUAAUGGAAUCUGGUGUGAAACCUUUGAUCUAGUUGAUCCCCAAAUGGUUGRUUUAGUCCGUGAACUGAAAAGCCUUCAGAAGUCCUCAAAAUCAACUUCUACACUAUCAAAGUACGCUUCAAGCUGGAAAAGGUGGCGCGCGUGGUCGUCGUYGGCUUUGCACGUCCCCGAGAUGCCUGCCAAGCCUCUUCAUAUUGCUCUUUAUAUGACAGAAUUGUACCUUUCAUGCGUCGAGAAGGGCCUUGGGUCCUCUACUAUCGAGUCUGCUGUCUAUUCCAUUAGAUGGACUCACCGCGCAGCCGGUUUUGAUUCGCCCACGGGCCAUCCAGUUGUGCAAUCUGCUCUUGGAAGGUACAAAACGAAAGCUGGGACGAAAGGUGAGCCCGAAGGAGCCAAUGUCCUUGGAGCUCUUAACGACUCUUUGUGA